GGAGCGCAGCGCGGGCGCUAUGGGCAGCCGGCCGCGCCGCUCCCUCCUCCGCCUGCCGCGCCGCGGGCGCUCGCCCUCCGCCGCCCCGCGGCUGCCGCGCUGCCGCCGCCGCCGCCCUCGGUGCCGCCCCGGCGGGGGGCGCCCGCUGAGCUCGCCGCCCGCCUCCGCCCGCCGCCCGGCCAUGGGGCAGCGGGGCUGCUAGAUGGGCAUCUCCCGCGGCGGGCCAGGCGCGCCUCUCGCCGCCCCGACACCCGCGCCCCGACGCCGCCCCGCACGCAGCGCCCCUCCGCAGCCAUGGGCGCCGCCGCCGCCGCCGCCUCCCCGGUCGUGGCCAGCCUUCUCCUGGGACUCAUGUUGCUUGGCAACACCAGUGCUCAGUCAAAGCUGACAUCGGAGCAGAAUGCCAUAAGCCCUGCCUCUGGCACAUACAGCCACUUCGAUCGGGCUGCUAACAGAGAGCUGAUUUGUGACAAGUGUCCUGCAGGAACGUACGUGUCCAAGCACUGCACAAACGCAACCUUGCGAGAGUGCAGCGGCUGCCCUAGCGGGACUUUUACCAAGCACAAAAACGGUAUAGAGAGAUGCCAUCCGUGCCGAAAGCCUUGCAGGCGGCCGAUGGUCGAGAGAACCCCUUGCACGGCUUGGACUGACCGCGAAUGCUCCUGUCCACCUGGCCGCUUUCUAGCCAAUGACACUUGCAACCUUUACUCCGAGUGCCCUGUGGGCUGGGGCUUGAAAAAGAAAGGAACUGACACGGAAGAUGUCAGGUGUAAGCCGUGCCCUCCUGGCACUUUCUCCAAUGUGCCUUCUAGCGUGCUGAGAUGCAAAACGUUCACUGACUGUUCCAAAAAGAGCAUGGUGGCGACGGUUCCAGGGACAAGAGAGAGAGACAACAUCUGUGGCCUUCCGCCCUCUCCCCUGAAUGCUGCUGGGCUUCCCUCCACUCCAGAAGAGCGUGAAGAUCGUCACAACGUUGCUUCUACCACUUCUCUUCCCAAAGGUGUGCAUUUGUCAGCUUCCAACUUCUCUGCCACUCCUACGCCAAACCUGUCCAUUGACACAGCAGAGCCCACGGGCCCGAGUAACGAGACAUCAAAGAACGAGUCCGCGGUUGUCAGUGCGACCGCUUCGGAGUAUUCGAGGCCUAUGAAUCACCAGCAGGUCUAUUACCACAAACACGCCACGUCCGUUCUGAAAAUCCAGCCAGCCCUGGAAAUGGGUGGCAGCGCGAAAUCCAGCCUCCCUUACAAGCCCCCUAAAAGGGGACCGCCACGGCAGGCUGCCCACAAGCAUUUUGAUAUCAAUGAACAUUUGCCGUGGAUGAUUGUGUUGCUGCUGCUGCUGGUUCUGGUGGUGAUUGUGGUGUGCAGCGUUCGGAAGAGUUCACGGACUCUGAAGAAGGGGCCGAGGCAAGAUCCCAGUGCCAUUGUGGAGAAGUCUGUUGUGAAGAAAACUCCUACUCCAGCCCCGAACAGGGAGAAGUGGAUAUACUAUUGCAACGGGCAUGGGAUUGACAUUCUGAAGCUGGUGGCGGCCCAAGUUGGAAGCCAGUGGAAGGACAUCUACCAGUUCCUGUGCAACGCCAGCGACCGAGAGAUGGCCGCUUUCACCAAUGGCUACUCCGCAGACCACGAAAGGGCCUAUGCUGCUCUACAGCACUGGACGAUCAGAGGUCCUGAAGCCAGCCUCGCUCAGCUGAUCAGCGCCCUCCGCCAACACAGGCGCACCGAUGUAGUGGAGAAGAUAAGGGGCUUGAUGGAAGAUACAAAACAGCUGGAAGCUGAGAAGCUGACCCUUCCAGUCAGUCCUGGCCCGGUCAGUCCUGGCCCUCUUAGUCCUGCUCGCUGCCCAAAUCCCAAACCAGAUGCAACGAUUAUUCCCGUGGAACCAUCUCCCUUGGAGAAGAAUAAGUGCUUCUUUGUGGACGAGUCAGAACCUCUUCUGCGCUGUGAUUCAACCUCCAGCGGUUCCUCUGCUCUUAGCCGAACCGGCUCCUUCAUUACCAAAGAAAAGAAAGACACGGUGCUGCGCCAGGUGCGCCUGGAUCCAUGCGACCUGCAGCCCAUCUUUGAUGAUAUGCUUCACAUCCUGAACCCGGAGGAACUGCAUGCAAUAGAUGAGAUUCCACAGGCGGAGGAUAAGUUGGAUAGGUUGUUUGAAAUCGCCGGUGUCAAGAGUCAGGAAGCCAGCCAGACCCUCUUGGAUUCAGUCUAUAGCCACCUGCCCGAUUUGCUCUAGACUUUGGUCUCCAAAUGCACGCUGCACAUACUCUGGUUGCUGUUUGUUCCAGCUUUGGCACCUGUGAAAGACGGUUGACCACAGGCAGGAUAUGUUACAGAACUCGUGGCCAGUAUUUUCUUCAAGGUUUCUUACCCACCUCCAUUGCCAGAGGGAGAGGGGCAAUUUGCAGGCCUUUGUGCCCUUUCAUGUUUAUUGUCUCAAUUAAAAUGAUCUUGUUUUUCCCUCGUCCUCCUUCCAAAAUGCUCCGCUCUCAUUCCAGUGAGUCAUUUUAAGCACUUUAAAGAAAAAUUGUAGAUCACAGAUCUUCAGUUAAGACUCUCCCUGUUUGGGUUUGGGUUUGUGCUUAAUCUGUUUCUAAACUCACCAGAUCAGUUUUGGGUGUGGUUGUUUGUUUGUUGUUCCCAACAAUUUAAAUUUUUUGAGUCCUCAUUUCAGGCCUUUCUAACCCACCUUUCAUGCCCUGUUCAUAAACGGAGGCACAUGCGAUGAACAGUUUUCGAUUUUAAUCCGUUUUUUUCAUCAAGGUGAUUCUUAAGAAAAGAAAAACGACAACUCAUUCAUUCAUCGGCAUUUUUACUAGCACAAUUAUUUAUCGUAUUUUUUUGUACCUGGACAAAGCAUAAAAUGCUUGGUGACGAGCUCCUCUAAAGCUAUGAAAUGGAAGCAUUUGGGUGUGUUUUUUUUUUUUAAAUUUAACUUCUUCAGCCUUCAAUAAGACAAUUUUGGCCUGCAUCUGAAUGUAACUCUGUACACUUCACCUAAGGGGAAUAUUUUUGCCUUGCCAUUUUAGGAUCACAGCCGGCUUGAUCGCUUUGAAGCAGCACCCGGAGCUGGACUCCGGAAAGUAAACACGAAUGAACCCUAGCGGUGGCGCAUUUCACAUUCUGUACAAUUUACUGAUUUGUGCUUUUAAAAUUGUGUCUCUUUUUGUGGGUUUUUUUUAUACAGAUGUGGCCAAUAGUUUAUGGUUUCAGAGACUUCCCUUGUUCUUGACAUUUUUCCCUUCUCCAAUCACACUUUUUUAUUAAAAUGCUGCAAUGUGA